AUGCCGUGGGAGUAUGCUUCCUACAACUCUUACCCUUCGUUCCCAAACACCGCGUUCCAAAAUGGCACAUUUCCGGGCUACUACUACAUGAAGGCCAGCUCGACGCCGGCGAACACGGUGUACCAAGAACCGUGCGGCUACGGCAACUUCGCCACAAGUUCAUCCUACAUGGGGUACAACUACGAGUACAACAACCCCAUGUACGGCGUUCCAUUGCCGCCGGAAGGGGGUCGGCCGGUGGAGGAUCGUGGCAGGGAACCGGAGCCUCCGGCGCCACCGCCGCCAAUGCCAAUGCAGGAGACGUCACCGUGGGACUUCUUUAACCCGUUCGAUUCAUAUGAGCAGGAGCUUCCUCAGUAUAAGGCGAAAGGGUACGAUUCCCAUGGCUCGUUCACGAGCAGCCCCAACUCGAGUGAGGUGAGGGCAAGGGAGGGCAUCCCGGAGCUCGAGGAGGAGACGGAGAUGGAGUCGAUGAGGGAGUCUGUGAAGGCGAGGAAGGCGGUAGAGAGCACAGCGUCCAACCGGGUUAACAAUGUGGAUGUCAGUGCCAAGGUGAAGGUGUCCAUGGAGCACAAGGAGAUUGAGAUUGAGAGUGUGGAUAGUGUUUCGGUACUUGAGUCAGGGGAGGAGAGUGUGUGCAGUUGUGAUUGUGACCAUGCCAAUGCUAGAACAGGAGGGCUGGUGCCACCUGGUGAUGAUCAAGGGAAGGUGAAGAGGGUGAGCUCGGAGGAUCACUCAUCCAUAGUAGUCGGUGAGGAUGUACGGCCACCGGAGAACAUUGGGACAAGAGAUGUUGCUGAGGUUGUUCAGGAGAUAAAGGAACAGUUCAACUCAGUGGCUGCCUGUGGAGAGGAUGUCGCAAGGAUCCUUGAGGUGGGGAGGAUGCGGUAUAGAUCAAGGAAUAAAGUCUUAAGAUUGAUAUUUUCAAGGAUGAUGGGGACUUUUGCCUUGCUGUUUUCUUCCUUAUCAGAGACACCAGUGAAGAACUUGGAACAAUCAGCAAUGAAUUCAUCCAAAAGAAGUCAAGAUUCGAGUAAAAGAUUCGACUUCUCCAGCGAUGUUGAACUUAACACUCUUUCUGCAACAAUGGAUAGGUUGUACGUGUGGGAGAAAAGACUUCAUAAGGAAAUUAUGGAGGAAGAGAGAUUGAGGAUUACAUAUGACAAAGAAUGGAGGCGCUUGAAAGAAUUAGAUGCUACUGGUGCAGAGCCAUAUAAGAUUGAUACAUCACGGGCCUCAAUUAGGACACUGCUCACCAGAAUAAACAUUUCCAUUAGAUCAGCUAAAGUUAUUUCUAGGAGGAUUCACAUACUACGAGAUGAUGAGUUACAUCCACACCUUGUCACACUUAUCCAAGGGCUUGUUAGGAUGUGGAAGUUUAUUCUUGAGUGCCAUCGGAAGCAAUUCCAUACCAUACUUGAAACUAAAUCUCAUAUCCUCAUCCCUAAGAAUGGACCCGAAAGAAGCUCCCCCAAGGUUACAUUAGAACUAGAAAUGGAGCUUUUGAACUGGUGUUCCUGUUUCAGGAAUUGGAUCCUAUCCCAAAAGGCUUAUAUCGAAACCCUCAAUGGCUGGCUUGUGAAAUGGCUCCCUCAGGAAAAGGAAGAAACCCCAGAUGGCAUCGCACCAUUCUCUCCUGGUAGGCUUGGAGCACCUGCUGUGUUCAUCACAGCUAAUGAUUGGUGCCAAGCCAUGAAAAGGAUACCAGAAGGUAGCGUCAUAGAUACGAUGGAGGCUUUUGCAGUUAAUGUGCAUGUAUUAUGGGAACGGCAGGACGAAGAGCUGCAGCAGAAGUUAAAAGCCGACUAUCUGUCUAGAGAUUUCGCAAAGCGGCUGAAAUCUCUUCAGAAGGAACAUGGCUUGCAAGGACAAUUUGAAGCGGAUAAGACAGUGUUGCCCAUUGCCGACAAUGGUAGGGCAGUUGAUAACCGCAUGGUUGCAUUGGAUACAUUGCAUAAAAGGUUGGAUGAGCAAAGAGCUAGACAUGAGGAAACUAUGAAACAAAUCCGACAGGCAAGUGCAGCCGAUCUGAAAUCAGGCCUUGCUCCAAUAUUUGAAGCACUGGAAUCUUUCACUCAGGAAACACUGAGAGGUUAUGAAAAUGUCAGGAUUACAGUUGGAAGUGGUUAAGCUUGAUUCAAAUUUUCUGUUGGCAGCUCCUGAUACCUAAAGCCCACAAUUAUCGCUGGAGCAGUAGGUAAUGGUUAAUUCAUCCAACGAGAUAUUGACAAUCAGAAACUGUCUUCAAUUUUCCAGGCAUGCACAAGCACAACACCACUGUACUUGGGGUAAUGUUGAAUCCAUCCAAUGUACAAGAAAGGACGGCGCGUUAUGUCCUGCAUGAUUGACGACGUUGCGCCCGGAUGCUUUGAGACGAUUCUGAUUUCCGAGGUAGGAAAUUCAGGUGGAGCUUCCCUCAGUUCUUACUAGUCUGUAGCUGGAGCUACUCACAGAGAGCUGCUAAGGAGCCUAGAACUCAAUUGAGUCGGAGAGCCCUCAAAGGAGGGGAAGGCAAUUUUGUAGCCACUCUCAGCUUGUGUACAUAUUAGCCAAGUUAGUGAAUUCGCAGGCUAGCUCGUUGUUUAUGUAGAAUUGUAUCUGUACAUUGUAAAAGCUGUAUUUAUGCUCCAUUGUUAGAUGAUGUUAGUCUUCUGAAGAGCAUACAGGUUACUAACGAGCUAAAUGCGACGGUAUCUGAAGCUGGUGAAUAUCGCUGUCAUUAACU